CAAACCCAUUUCAAUACAUUUCGAUUCUCUGGAAUAGACUCCAACAAGUCUGGUCCAACCUGGUCUAUCACGGCUCAUCAUCGCCCUCUAGCGGAUUGAGCUUGAAACAGCCUUCCUUCCAGUUUCAUUAACGUUUUCAUCUUGAAUAUAUAUUUGUACAUUUUAGGUCAGACGAGCUUUAAGAUUGUUGGGAUGUGUUGUGUACUAGAACCGAGAGUAGGGAUCUUGGGAAGUAGGGAAUGUUGGGAUCUGGUUGGCAUGAUGCAGAGGAGGAAGUAGACAUCCUGUCUCCAGGAGACCAGAAGGAAAGGUAGCAAGGCUAGAAGUUUAGGACCAGGGGUCCACUUGUUCUAUCAUAUGCCUCAUGACAAUUAUUCAGAUGUCUAUGGGUUAUUAGAGAUGAUUACAUAAUAGUGUAUGAUUAUCUGCCUGGUUUUGGGCUCUGUUCACCCAGAGAGUAACGUAUCAGCAGGUUAGCAUUGAGGUGUGUAUGCUAGUCUAGUCAGCCAUUCAAAAGAAGCCCAGCUGUCAGGCGCCAGUGGCUUCAGUGACCGUGAGCCAAUCAGAGACCAGGAACACAGCUCGGUUCCGCCCUAGUCUCCCUCUCGGGCAAAGCGAUUGGCUGCUCUCAUGAGGCCUUUCCUGUUAGAGGCGGUGCUAUGUUCCAUAACGGUGAGCAGCAUCCAGCUGUGACGGGAGGACAGGACGAGCCGAUUCCGGAGAGGAGAGCGAGCGGAACCCUGCCAAGUCUUUUUCUACUCGGUUGUCCAGCGGUUGGUGACAGAGUCAGCAGGUAAAACACCCGGAACACGACACAGGUCAUUUUGGGCGUAGAACAUCAAGUGCGAUUCGGGAAGUCACCAUCCAGCACGAGCAGACAUGAACGGCGCAGCGUCCAAGGAGGUGACGAGGAGGCGUGUCCAGAACGGCGGGGGUGGGCGGGCGCAUAAGGAGCAGCAGGAGACACAGUGGGGGAGAGCCCGGGAGGUGGACUGGUUCUCCCUGCUCAGCGUGGUGGCCCUGCUCUGCUUGGCCCCGUUCAUCGUCUUCUUCUUCGUCAUGGCGUGUGACCAGUACCAGUGCUCCGUGUCCCAGCCGCUCCUCCAGCUCUACCGCGGAGAGACCACCCCGCUCGCCAUCUGGGCCCGCGUGCCCUUCUUCACCUGGUCGGCCGCCAAGAUCUACGCCGUUUGGGUGGCCUUCCAGGUGGUGUUGUACACCUGCCUUCCCGACGUCCUGCACAGAGUCCUUCCCGGCUACGUCGGGGGAGUCCAGGAGGGAGCGCGAACCCCCGCAGGUCUGAUCAACAAGUACCAGAUCAACGGGCUGCAGUGCUGGCUCCUCACGCACUUCCUGUGGCUGGCCAACGACCGCUACUUCCGCUGGUUCUCGCCCACCAUCAUCUUCGACAACUGGAUCCCGCUGAUGUGGUGCGCCAACGCGCUGGGCUACGCCGUCUCCACCUUCGCCUUCGUCAAAGCCUACUGGUUCCCCACCAACCCGCAGGACUGCAAGUUCACGGGCAACGUCUUCUACAACUACAUGAUGGGGAUCGAGUUCAACCCGCGCAUCGGCAAGUGGUUCGACUUCAAGCUCUUCUUCAACGGGCGGCCGGGCAUCGUGGCGUGGACCCUCAUCAACCUGUCCUACAUGGCCAAGCAGCAGCAGCUCUACGGCCACGUCAGCAACUCCAUGCUCCUCGUCAACCUGCUGCAGGCCAUCUAUGUGUUGGAUUUCUUCUGGAACGAAGCCUGGUACCUGAAGACCAUCGACAUCUGCCACGACCACUUUGGCUGGUACCUGGGCUGGGGCGACUGCGUGUGGCUGCCCUACCUCUACACGCUACAGGGUCUCUACCUGGUCUACCACCCGGUGAGCCUGUCCCAGCCUCACGCCCUGGCGGUGCUGCUGCUGGGCCUGCUGGGGUACUACGUCUUCCGCUCCGCCAACCACCAGAAGGACCUGUUCCGCCGCACCGAAGGCGCCUGCACCAUCUGGGGCGGCAAGCCGACGUACAUCGAGUGCUCGUACCGCUCGGCCGACGGCGGCGUGCACCGCAGCAAGCUGCUGACGUCGGGCUUCUGGGGCGUGGCGCGCCACUUCAACUACACGGGCGACCUGAUGGGCUCGCUGGCGUACUGCGCCGCCUGCGGCUUCGGCCACCUGCUGCCGUACUUCUACGUGAUCUACAUGACCGUGCUGCUGGUGCACCGCUGCGUGCGCGACGAGCACCGCUGCGGCGGCAAGUACGGCGACGACUGGCGGCGCUACACGGACGCCGUGCCGCACCGUCUCGUCCCUGGUGUCUUUUAGGAUGGAAGCACGUAUCUAUUUUACAACAACAAAGGAAGACACGCUUCAUAUUUCCAUACCGUGCACAUCCGCUGCUUUUUUAUUCUCAACCCGAGCCAAAGGUAAAUACUUGGCAAACACGAGUACUGCCGCCACGCACUUGGACCAAACACAGAUGACAUUAUACAAUACUGAACACCAGCUAAAAACAUGACUGAUGAAUCAAGGAAAGACUGACACUGUGAAGCAGAUGCCUCGAGGUGUUCACAUCAGCGGCUCCCUGACCUGUAAUAAACCCCACCCUGCUAAUAAAUGAUCAACUUUG